CUCAAGAUCGCGGGGCUGUGCGUGGCCAGCAACGGCGGACGAAUCCGGAGGAAUAGAUCCGGGGUGGGGAAAAAGAAAGAACAAAAGGAGAGAGGCGGCCCGCGGUCCCACUCGUGUAUUCAUUUGUGUGUGUUCUCAUUUAGUCCCCUGAGUUACUUUAACGUCGAAAGUGCAUCGCGAAGCACUUGCAGAAUCGCGCCCAUUGAGAUUUAGGCCCACCCAGCCCCGAAUGAUCUGGGCCGGGAGUAGACGCUGAUCGCAGGUUUUGGGAUCGGUUCGCUUUCCCGGGGCGCUGCAGCUAUUAACUCUUGAGCACCCACAGGAAUCCUUUUGUUCAAACAGGUUCAAGAUGAUGAGCGAAGAAGAUAACUUGGUGAAAGAGGAGGAAAUUCUAUCAGAGGAGGAGGAUAACUUGGUAAAAGAGGAGGAAAUGUUCCCAGUUGGAGAGGAUGAAGAAUACCUGGUGAAAGAAGAGAAAAUAUUUGAGGAGGAGGAGGAAGAGGAGGAGGAAGAAGAGGAUGAGGAAAAUCUGGUGAAAAUAGAGGUGAUUCUCCCAGAGGAAGAAGAAAAUCUAAUAAAAGAGGAGAUACUUCUUCCAGAAGAAACUUCCCUGUUGGAAGAAUAUGAAAUCAAUGUUUUUCAAAUCCAAGGGGAUGAAAUACCCUGUGACAAUGAACUUGGUCCCGAGAUCCCAAGUUAUAUUCCAAGAAAGAGACAUUGUAAAACCAUGCCACGGGCAGGAGCUGUCGGGGAACCCAACCAAGCCACAGCCCGGAAGGGUGGAAGAAUCUAUAAGUGCCCCGACUGUGGAAAAAUCUUUAAGCGGUGUUCGCCUCUUAUCAGACACCGAAGAACCCACACUGGAGAAAAACCUUACGUUUGCCGUGAAUGCUUGAAACGUUUCAGUGACAGCUCAGCCCUUGUGAAGCACCAAAGGAUUCAUGCAGGAGAGAAACCUUACACGUGUCCCGAGUGUGGAAAGAGCUUUUCCCAGAGCUCAACCCUGAUUGCACAUCAGAGAAUACACACUGGAGAGAAACCGUAUAAAUGCCCUGACUGUGGGAAGAGUUUUAGUGUGAGCUCUAAUCUUGUUGCUCAUCAAAGAAUCCACACAGGAGAAAAGCCUUUUGGCUGUCCUGUCUGUUUAAAAGGUUUUCUGGUCAGCUCCCACCUUAUCAGACACUUGAGAAUACACACUGCAGAGAAACCUUAUAUUUGCAGAGAAUGUGGCGAAUGCUUUACCCAAAGCUCUCAUCUUGUUGUUCAUAAGAGAAUCCACACAGGAGAAAAACCUUAUCUGUGUUCUGAGUGUGGGAAAAAUUACCGUGGGAUCUCUGAUCUGAUCCAGCAUCAAAGGAUUCAUACAGGAGAGAAGCCCUACAAAUGCUCAGAGUGCGGCAAAUGCUUCAGCCAAAGCUCAUGUCUCAAGAAGCACCAGCGAAUCCACACGGGCGAGAAACCUUACAUGUGCCUCAGGUGUGGGAAGAGAUUUAACCGGAAUUCACAUCUGACUAGGCAUCAAAAAACCCACAUCGGGUAAUUUCUAAAGAAGAAUUGCCUGCAAGUUCCUCUCUUAUUACAGCCCCUAAAGAAUUUAGUGAUAGAUGUCUCAAACAGUGAUCUGUUCCUCAUCUCCUGAAGGAUCAUUUGUCCAAAUCCCUUGAACUUAACCUGCAAGAGUAUAAAAAGAUUUGGAUAUGUUGCCAGGAUGCCUUUGCAAUUUUUACUUCUCUGGCACUGGUUAAGAUCCUCUUUCUAGAUUCCCUCCUUUCCAUCCAAGACUCUAAUACCGGUAGGAUCUUAGAAUCUUCCCUGGAUAAUUCAUAUCUUUCCUUGUUAUGAUUUUGAAAAUGACAUCCUAUUUCAAACACCUUUAGGCAUAUCAGCCCUUCCUUCUUCCUGGAUUCUGAGAAUAUCUUAACCUUCUAGUAUCCCUCAGGUUUCCACAGUGAAAGAAUUGGAAGCUGUGAAGUUGUGUUGAUAGCAGUGAAGGGAAAACAAUUAACACUCGUAUCAAACUCUGUGAAGACAGCAACCUCUCUUACUUGUAAUGCAUAUAAAAAUAUAUUGCCACAUGAAAUUGGCAUACAUCCUCCAGUAGACUGCUUCGUGGUUUCAUGCUUGCCACUAUUUAAAGCCAAUGGAAAUUUGCAUGUGAGAAAAACCUGCUUUACUUUGUCCAUUUGGGGGUGUCAUAUGGCAGAGAAGCCAUCUGGAUUUAGUCUACUUCCUUGACCCACCUUUAUUUUUUUUAACAGCAGACUAUGGAAACUUCACGGCUUGGGAUCUGAGUUAUAAACUUGAUCACCCUGUG